UAAAAUUAUAUAGUGAAUUUUUUGAGUUGGAGCAUUGAAACGCAGCAAUGGAGCUGAUCAAUGGCGUUGUUGGCAUUUGGUUGCACUCAAUAAUGGGAUUAUCAACAAUAUAAACGGUUGGCUGCUGAAUGUAGAUGGAGACGGUUACACCUGCACCCAACGAAUCGCGGGAAUGGGCACUUCUGUUGCUAUCUACGCCGCACAGCAAAAUUAAAUUCAUUAUCACAAAACUCAGGAAACGAAAUUUCCUUUGCUAUAAAUUCAACUCGGAAUAGGUGACUUUGCGCUUAACAGUUAACCCCACCUCUCGGUUCUCUCUCUGGUCCCUUCUCUUAUUUGGGAUUCUAAAUGGAAUCAACAAAUGGAACAGCAAUUGAAGUUCCACUCGGUCAAGUGAACGCAGAAAUCGAAUCGUUUUUCGAAUCGGCUCCUCCUCUAAAAGACAGUGCUGAUAUCAGUAAGAAAUUGAAGGAGUUCAUUGAACUGAAUUCUGCAACGCCAGGAAAUGGAAGUGCUAGGAGAGUUGUGUGUGUGAGUUCUGGCGGCACCACAGUUCCCCUAGAACAGCGUUGUGUUCGAUAUAUUGAUAAUUUUAGCUCAGGUCAUAGAGGAGCGACGUCAACUGAAUACUUUAUCAAUGCUGGAUAUGCAGUUAUAUAUUUAUAUAGGAGGGGAACUUUCCAGCCGUAUUGUCGAUCUCUUCCGGAUGAUCCACUGCUUGAGUGUUUUGAAUUCAUUGAUGAAUCCGAUAUUCAAGUCCGACAACCAUAUUCUGAAGCAGUCAAGAGAGCCAUUAAUGGUCAUCAUACUGCUGUGGCAGCAGGUCACCUGUUAAAACUUCCCUUUACAACCAUAUUUGAAUAUCUUCAGAUGUUACAAAUGAUUGCAAUAUCGAUAAGGAAUCUUGGGCCACAUACUAUGUUUUAUCUUGCUGCUGCAGUGUCUGACUUUUAUGUCCCUUGGAAGGAUAUGGCAGAGCACAAGAUUCAAUCCGCAUCUGGUCCACUGGACAUGCGACUGGUACAAGUGCCGAAAAUGCUCUCAGUGUUGAGGAAAGAGUGGGCUCCCAUGGCCUUCUGCAUAUCUUUCAAGCUCGAGACAGAUUCAGAGAUCCUUUUACAGAAGGCUGAUAUGGCACUUAAAAAGUACAAGAUGCAUGUGGUUGUUGCAAAUGAACUCUUGACCCGCAAAGAGGAGGUUAUAGUUGUCACGAGUGAUGAAAAGAUUCAUGUCUGCCGUGACAAGACUCGGCCCGGUUCUGAUGUGGAAAAGCCCCUCAUUGAACUGCUCGUGGAGAGGCAUUCAGCUCACAUCAAGGGCCCUCAUGCAUGAUUUUUCAGGUUAACAGCAUCAUAUAGGUGACAUAUUCGACAAAUUUUCUGCUAACAUAUUACUGAAAUUAUAUGAAAUAUUGUUGGCAUUUUGAACUGACUUUCUUGUUUUCUAAUUAAUCCAUUCGGGAUCGUGUAAUUAAACCUUGCAUAAAGGAGAAGCAGAAGAAAAUGAUUGUAAUUACUUCUAGUUCUAUUUCCAGUCUGGAAUAAUAAUGAAUAUAGACAUAAUGGACCUACA